GACGGUUAGCACGAUGCGCACGUCGCUGUCGCUUCAUCAUCUUUCUUCUUCUGUUUUUAAAUUAUGUUUGAUCUUUUGGGAUUUUCACCUCUUUGCAAUUUCCGUUGAUCGUUUGAACGACAGCUACACCGGAAACAAGCAGAGUCCCCACGAAGAAAAUCCAUUGAUGCUCUGAAGAAUCAGUCAGAACAGUUGCCGUUCCUCAUGUCGUGAAGAGUCUGUAAAAAUCAGAACUUUCAGACUCUCCAUUUUGUUCUUGAAGCUGUGUGACCCGCAAAUUAAGUGACACCGGUUUCAAGAUCUGUUUUCUGGCGGGAUAUGGGUGGAAAUGGGUUUCUUCUGGCUUGGAGGUUUGUCGUGCUUCUUCAGUUGAUCAGUGGUGUUCUCGGUUGGGGAAAGGAAGGUCACUACGCAACUUGCAAAAUAGCAGAGGAGCUUCUAACAGAAGAUGCCAAGGCUGUGGUAAAACAUUUGCUUCCUGAUUAUGCUGGAGGGGAUCUUGCAUCUCUUUGCUCCUGGCCUGAUGAGAUUCGUUUUCACUAUCACUGGAGUGCUGCUUUGCACUAUGUUGACACGCCAGAUUUCAAGUGUAACUAUGAAUACUGCAGAGAUUGCCAUGACUCUUCCGGGCACAAAGAUAUGUGCGUUACCGGGGCAAUCUACAAUUAUACAAGGCAACUCGAAGCAGUUGGCGACUCCUAUGCAAUAACAAAUUACAACUUAACAGAGGCACUUCUUUUCUUAUCACAUUUUGUUGGGGAUGUCCAUCAGCCCCUGCACGUUGGUUUCACUGGAGAUUUGGGUGGAAAUACGGUAAUUGUUCAUUGGUACCGGAGGAAGACUAAUUUACACCAUGUGUGGGACAACAUGAUUAUUGAUUCUGCAUUAAAAACAUUUUAUCAGUCUGAUCUUUCUCAAAUGAUCCAAGCCAUUCAGAGAAACAUUACGGAUGGCUGGUCCAAUGAUGUACCAUCUUGGGGAGAUUGUGCAUCUAACAAAACAGUUUGUCCAGAUCCUUACGCUUCUGAAAGCAUCAAGCUGGCAUGUAAAUACGCAUACAGGAACGCCACACCAGGAAGCACUCUAACAGAUGGCUACUUCCUCUCAAGGCUGCCUAUUGUAGAGAAGAGACUAGCUCAGGCAGGGGUCCGCUUAGCGGCGAUCCUGAACCGGGUUUUCGCUUCUCCGAAGCAAACUGCACGUGAAUGAAAGACUAUUGGAGUACACCAACUGUUUCUCAAGCUCACGGCAUGGGGACCUGAUAAUUCGGUUCAGCCACAUGGACGAUCUACUAAGCGGAAUUGACUAGCCGUUCUCUUUUUUUAUCAACCUUUAAGGGCAAAAAAUAAUUACACUCCUUGGCCACCUAAUCCUCUCCAUCCUAUUUUACAUGCUGAUGCUAUGUAUAUCCCAGAAUAUGCCCUGUUCUCUAUGUAAUGGCAGUCAAACGUUUGGGACAAGCAACAACAGUUAGAAAUGCUUACGUGCAAGCAAUGGAAAUGUUCUCAAAAGUUGUGUAUAUA